AUCUCACCUGCUGAUUUAGGGAAGAUGAGCAGAAGGGCUGCUGUUUCUGCAAUCAAUCUCAUUCAUGGAAGAGGAUUUCUCAAUCAUAAAUCGGGUAUUCUCUCUCCUCCAUUCUCUCUCUUCUCUUCCAAGGCUUUUCAACCUAAGCGGCGGCGCCCAAUAGAUUUCAGUAGUGUUAAAGAAUUAGAUGAUGCUAUUAAAUUGUUUGGAAAAAUGAAGAGUAUGCGGCCUGAGCCUUCUAUUCUAGUGUACAACAAUCUGAUGAGUGUUUGUGUUAAGAUUGAGCAGCAUUCUUUUGCACUUAAUGUGUUCGGUGAAAUGCUUCAGAUGGGUGUCCCUGUUAAUAUUUACACUAUGAGUAUUGCAAUUAACUGUUGCUGUCACUUGAAAGAUAUAAACUCUGGUUUUGCUGUAAUGGCCUUCUUUUUUAAGAGUGGUUUCGAACCAGAUGCUGUGACAAUCAGCCACCUCAUUAAAGGGUUGUUUUUAGAGGGUAAAGAGGCAGAAGCUGUGAAAUUAUUCCAAAAGGUUCUGGAUUUAAAACUUUGCGAGCCUGAUCAGGUUAUGAUUCUGCACUUGAUAGAUGGGUUAUGCAAAACUGGACAGGUCAUUGCAGCUUAUGAUUGGGUUUGUAGAUUGGAAAGUUGUGGGUGGAGACCCAACAUUAAGGCUUAUAACGCAUUAAUUGAUGGGUUCUGCAAGGGUGGAAAUAUGGAUGACGCUUUGCGUCUUCUGACCGAGAUGAUCAGUAAAGGUAGUUUACCUGAUGUUGUCACAUAUAAUACCAUGAUUAAGGGACUGUGUGACAAUGGUAGGCAUACAUGUGCUAUAGAGUUGUUGUAUGAAAUGAUCAAUUCCAAGAUAUCUUUUGAUGUGUUUACUUUCAAUAUAUUGAUUGAUGCAUAUUGCAAGGAAGGGAAGAUGGAAGAGGCUACAAAUAUGCUGGAUAUUAUGACACAACAAAACAUUUGUCCCAAUGUGGUCACAUACAAUACACUUAUUGAUGGAUUUUGUAUGAUAGGUGAAAUAGAUAGAGCAAAACAGUUGCUUGAUUCCAUGGUAGAGAUGGGCUUAAAGCCUAAUAUUGUAUGCUAUAACAUCUUGUUAAAUGGAUAUUGCAAGAAUGGAAGCGUGGAAGACUCUUGGCUUCUUUUUCUUGAAAUUCCCGAUAAAGGCUUGGUGCAUGAUACACUUACUUAUAGCACCAUGAUACAUGGAUUAUUUAGUAAAAAUAGAUUUGUUGAGGGCUGGAAACUUUUCGAGGAUAUGGAAGCCCAACAAGUAUGUUGUCCUGACUUGCAUACUUAUAGUAUAUUGUUGGAUGGGCUGUGUAAUAAUGGGGAGAUUGAUGAGGCUCUUUUGUUGCUGCGCAAGAUUGAAGAUAAAGGAUUUACCCCUGAUAUUGUUACCUACAACAGCUUAUUGAAUGGAUAUUUAAAAAAGGGAAGCGUGGAUGAAGCUUGGCUUCUUUUUCUUGAAAUUCCAAAUAAAGGAUUGGUGCGAAAUAACCAUACUUAUAAUACCAUGAUACACGGAUUAUUUAGUAUGAGUAGAUUUGCCGAGGGCUGUAAACUUUUCGAGGUUAUGGAAGACCAACAACUGCGUCCUGAUUUGCACACUUACACUAUAUUGUUGGAUGGGCUGUGUAGGAAUAGAGAGAUUAAUGAGGCUGUUUCGUUGUUGCGCCUGAUUGAAGAUAAAGGAUUUACCCCGAACAAAGUCACGUAUGGUGCUCUCAUAAAUGGAUUAUGCAAAACUGGAAAACAUGGCAUUGCGAGACAUCUUUUCAAUCAACUUCCUUCAAAUGGUGUACAACCUAAUUUUCAGAUAUAUACUACGAUCAUUGGUUCAUUAUGUCAAGAAGGGUCUUUUGAGGAGGUAAAACGUUUGCUGGUAGAGAUGGAGGAUCGCGGCUGUGGACCUGAUCAAGUAACAUACAAUGUCAUCAUCGGGAGUCUGCUAAAGCAAAAUGAGGUUUACAAGGCAAAAUCAUUCAUGGAAGAAAUGCGUGAAAAGGGAUUCUCAGCCGAUUCUGCAACUUCCUCGAUGCCAGAUGGAGAUGAUUUUUUCCUCAAAUUGAUGAAGGAUCUUGGGCCCAAGUAAUUUGUAUCCGAGUCCUUAUCAAGUGGAGGGCGAGGAUUGAUGCAGCCUAAGAGGUUUAUGUCUCGGAGCUUCAAGCCGAAUUCAAUUCCUUAAUGCUUCUGCGUGAAUGUGAUGCAAUCGAACAUGCGAGUAUUAUCAGAGUAUAUUUGUUUUCAAAACUUGUUAUAUUUGGAUGAGCUAAACGGUUAGUU